AUGAUCGAAGAAGAGGCGGCCACGAACAACCCACGGACCGCCGCCGACCUCUUGCGUGGGGUCCGCGAGCAGGUCGCGGACAUCGACCCCGCUGCCGAGGCAAUCAAUACCUUGCUUCACCGCGUCAUGUGGCGCUACACCAAGGCCCACAUGCAGUCGACACGCGAGGACCUGUCCGAGGGGCAACUGGUCGGCGAGGACCGGCUUCACGAGGACUUCCUCGCGCAGAUCGGCACACUCGAGAGCGUCGUGUGCAAGUGCACGAGGAAAGCGAGGGCGUGGGGGAGGCUUUCCAACGGCGGGUACAGCUCCACGAACGCGAAGGCAUUCCAGGAAGGAUUCUGGUACUCCAUGCUCCAGUUCAUGACGGGCCCGCGUCGCCACGUCUCCGGAAUCCUGACAAUCCCCAAGUCGGACUACGGCCACCCCAAGAUCAUGCGCUUCCAGUCCCUACACACCGGCUGCAAAGACAACCUCGUCGUGGAGGAGACCCCGGCCGAUGACGUCCACGUCGAGACUCCGAUCUCGGCGCAUAUCUCGACGAGGUGAACUGAUCGUCGUUGUUGAUUAGUCGUUCACAAGCUCAGCAUCUGUAUGGGUCGCGGAAUUGCUGGCAAAUGUUCUCGGGCGUAGCGCUUGCUGUGGGGAACAGGUUUUUUGUCGCGUUCGGCAGUAAGUUUAUUUCGUCACCGUUCCCUUUCGAGCAACGCGUGAAGCGCUUGGAGAUCGAUACGCGCCGGCGUACCCUGGACGUGGUACACACAACGCAGAAAUGUUCCUCCGUGUCGCCGGGGGUAGGGACACCUCAAGUAUUGAGGUGCUUCGCGGACAAGGGGGGAAGUAGGUUCGGUCGAGCUUGAUUGAACUAAUCGAGUUUUUGUCUGUACGCACAAUAAAGUGUCGGCCGGAGAGUGUACAUGCCAGACUAGUUGCGUGGACCUGGAGGCAUGGAGUGCAAUUAUUUGGUGGCUGGAAUUACUUGUUUUCUUCUCCGUGUUUUGUUGGAUCUUUGUCGAGCGUGUGGCUCACCAUGCGCCCUGAUUUGCUUGGUGCACGUCAUGGACAUGUGCACAUUCCCAUUCCGUUGAAAGUGUGGCAAUCAAGUUGGGGUUGUGAGCCCCACCAUUGCAUUUGCGUGAUGUUUUUUUGGUUCUGUAACGAGCAGCGGGCACACUCUUGACAUUCUUUUAACAUUCUUCUUUACGUUGAUUCGACCCUGACGCAGACAUGACUGUUUGCAGGAUGCCGAGUCGAUCUGUGCAGAGGAUGCGCGUGAUAAUCGUGUCGGCGUUGGUGCUGUACGAUUGAGCGACGACAU